GAGUUAGAUAAGGGUGUUAAUGCAUAACAUCUGGAUUUGGCUGAAUGAGAGUGUUUGUUCUACUGACUGCCUGAUAACAGUUUGCUGUUGAAGACUGACUCCUAAGAUGCUUUGCUAUCUUCAGCUACUCUGAGGUGGCUGAUGCCGUCGGCUCUCUUUGACAUGCCAUGGUGGCAGGCGCUACUAAACUCUACCCUAACCCGCAAUCAAAGCAACAGCAGCUUGUUCCUGCUGGAUGCCCCCUGCUGGCAAUCAGGAGCCAUGACACUCACACUAGUGCUAUGCUACGGUCUGGUGCUGAUUCUGGGGUUGCUUGGUAACAUCCUGCUCAUCUGCAUCAUUAUGCACCAGAGGGACCCUCCUAAUGUCACCAGUGUCCUCAUCGCCAACCUUUCUGUUUCAGACAUCCUGGUGUGUGUGUUCUGCCUUCCCUUCACAGUGGUCUACACACUCAUGGACCAUUGGAUCUUUGGAGCACUGCUCUGCCGCUUAAUGCCCUUCAUACAAUGUGUAUCGGUGACGGUUUCUGUACUAUCUCUGGUUCUGAUAGCACUUGAAAGGCACCAGCUCAUCCUGCAUCCAUCUGGCUGGAAGCCGAGUGUCCCACAGGCAUAUGUAGCAGUCCUGAUCAUGUGGCUCUUGGCAUGUGUAACAUCAUUACCGUUCCUAGCAUUCCACUUGCUCAGUAGCGAGCCAUACAUCCUGCUUCCUCCACCGCUCAGUCACCUGCAGGCAUGUCUGGAAGUCUGGCCAUCUCAACAGCAUAAAUUGGCCUACACCACCAGCCUGCUUCUAUUUCAGUACUGCUUCCCGCUGCUCCUCAUGCUAUUCUGCUACCUCCGGAUCUUCUUGCGUCUCCAAUGCAGACAGCGCAUGCUGGAGCGCCAGUGCAGCCGUAAUCGAGAAGACGAGCAUAGGCGUGUGAUGCACACCAAGCGUAUAAAUGUCAUGCUUUUCACUUUGGUGGCUGCAUUCACUGUGUGCUGGUUGCCGUUAAAUGCCUUUAAUGUGGUGGCGGACUGGCACCAAGAAGUGUUGCCUGUGUGUCAACAUGACAUGUUGUUUUCAGUCUGCCAUCUGCUGGCCAUGAGUUCCACCUGCGUCAAUCCCAUUAUCUACGGCUUUCUCAAUAGCAACUUCCGUAAGGAUGUGGCCUCUGUGGUGCUGCACUGCCACUGUCGGCCCCUUGAGGACAGCUAUGAACACUUUCCGAUGUCCACAAUGAACACUGACAUCUCACGGGUGUCUCUUAGACUCAGUUAUCGAAACAAUUCUGUGUAAUUGGACUAUUUGUUAACGUAAACCUUGUCAUAAAAGAGAAACACACCAACCUUUGCAUCAAAAGCAGUCUUUAGCUCAUAUUGACAUAAAUUAUUUACUCCAAUGCCAAACUUUUACAUAGAUCCCUGUUGAAAGACCAACAUAGCUGGUCAUAGGAUGCUGGUGUGCUGAGGCCAGUUGCGCCAUCCAUGUGUAAGUUGCAACUUAGACUAACUAUAUCGUAAAUGGGCACUAAAUUACAAUACCCCCACUACAUAACAUUUGAGCAUAAAAUGUAAUAUUUUGGAACUGAACUUUGGAAGGUGAAUAUUUGUAUUGAAUUUUUAACAAUUACAUUUUGCGUGAAAUAUUUUCAAUUAAAUAUACAACCAUAUGAAAGUGCAUCCCUAAAAAAUGCAAGCAAUGUUAAUGUAAUGCAUUUAUUUGUCAAGUAGUGCAAUUCAGUGUGCUUUUUUUGUUUCAAAGACAUUUGUCAUUAAUAUACUUCCAUAAAAAUGUAAAAAAAAUUCAGUCGGUUGUAUAGUAAUAUUUAUUGCCCCUAAUUAAUUUUAGAUACAGAUCCUGAAUAAUAUUACUUACAUAUAUAAAUAUACUAUUUAAUAUAUUUACAAAUUUUUUAUGGAUCAUAUUUCAAUGAGACAAAAAAGGACUGAACAUCACCCACAAACAUUUAAGACUGAAAUUCAUGGAUCUUCAUCACUUCUGUUUACAAAUGUAAAGGCUGCUAAUUGGAUCAUACAGGUUAACAUCAUAUUGGUGUCUAUUUACAUUUAUACACUUGGCAGACAAUUUUAUCUAAAUGAACUUACAGUGUAUACAAGCUACUAAUUUUAUAAGUGUCCCUUUCUGGCUGUUUAAGUAGCUAAUUCUGCUAAAUUUCCUUGGUCCGUCAGCUUUAUCAGAAAUAUCAUGCUUGUUGACCAGCUUUGUGAGGUUAGGUGUACUUGUGAACAUAAUUAUGGUCCACCAGCAAGACCAGCACCAAACCAGCACUAACCAGCAAGAACCAACUUAGACCAUCAGUGAAAUUCAUGCUGUUCAAAGAUGGCCUUUUCAACAAGGAUACCUGCUUUUGACUCAGGAGGAAUGUAAUGAUGGGUUAAAACAGCACACUUGUUCUGGAAUAGAAUGGUGUGGAUUGUGAUUGGUUUUAAAAAAGCACGUCACAAUUAAAAUCAAUUUGAUUUCCCAGAAUUAAAUGCUUCUGACCCCCACUGAGGUAGCCUAUGUAACACACCAAUUAUGCCUCUUGAAGAGUUGAUUGCAAAAGCAUUUUACUUUUGUAGCACUUUUAAGUCUUGUAGACUGUAUAUAUGGACAAGGCAGAAAAAUUUGAGUGGCAGAAGAUUGUGGCUGUGUUUUCAUUUCUGAGCUAGUUUUCUUUUCUCUCACAUGCAAUGAGAGCUAUAACGAAUGAAUUAUUGGAAGGAAACACACUUGAAUUUGAAACAUCAUCUCCUUUUCCUUAAGGCACAAAGCUAAUUUAAGUUUGAAGGUACUAACAGUGUACAAAUGCCUGGAAAUUGCAUAGAGCAAUGUCAAGUAAUAUUCUGUACUAAAACACAACAGGAACAUUAUAUGAAGUUAGCGAGAG